GCAGUACGUUCAUGACGUAACUUAUUAAAUUGCUAUGGCGGAGAAUUAAGAGUUGAGUGAUUGAAUUUAUUUACUAUUCUGCCCCGUCAUUCUGUUGGGAUAAAGUUUCGUUCGGCCUCCGGUAACAAGCCAUGGACAGCAAUAAAGAUGAAGCGGAACGAUGCAUGGAACUCGUAGAACGAUAUCUCCGCGAAAAGAAAUACGAGGAGGCCGAAAAGUUUGUACGUAAAGCACAAAAACUUUAUCCAACGAAGAAGGCAGAAGAUGUGUUAGCAAAAGUGACAAUGCUUACAAAACAAAAUCAAAAGUCUGAGUCCGAACCUACUGUUAGAAAACGUCAAACCGCACCCAAGGAAGCUACGUUCACUCAAACCUCCACCGAGUAUACAAAGGAUCAACUCGAACAUGUUAAAAGGAUUAAGAAAUGCAAGGAUUAUUAUGAAAUUUUGGGCGUAACCAAAGAUGCUACUGAUAGCGAUAUAAAAAAAUCAUACAAAAAAUUAGCACUUCAGUUACACCCAGAUAAAAAUAAAGCUCCAGGUGCUGCAGAAGCCUUUAAAGCUAUUGGAAAUGCUGUUGCUAUCCUCACCGAUGUUGAAAAGAGGAAACAAUAUGAUAUGUACGGCCCUGAAGAGGAAAUAAGCCAUAAUGUACCAGGUCGUCAAAAUCAUGCUCAUUACAACUAUACAAGAGGAUUUGAAACCGAUAUCACUGCGGAAGAAUUGUUCAGUAUGUUCUUUGGUGGUGGGUUCCAACAACAAGAAUUUUACAUGAGACGUUCCGGUGGACGAUGGAUGAGACAACAAGAUGUGCAAGCUCAACACACUCAUUCUCAGCAAGCAAAUGGAUAUACCACAUUCCUUCAGAUGUUGCCUGUACUGUUAUUAAUAUUAUUAACUAUGAUGAGCAGUUUCUUUAUAUCAGAUCCUGUAUAUAGCUUGCAUUCUAACGCAAAAUAUUCUGUACCGAGAACAACUCAAGGAUUAAAGGUGCCAUACUAUGUCAAAGAAAACUUUCACACUGAAUAUCAAGGCAGCUUACGUAGGCUAGAAAUUUCUGUUGAAGAAGAGUACCUGAAUAAUUUGCGACACGCCUGUUAUAGAGAGAGAAGUUAUAGAGAAACGCUAUUAUGGAAGGCAAGGAACUUUGAAGACGAUGAAUUAUUUGUAAGAGCUAAAAAUUACGAUACACCCUCCUGUAAGAAAGUACAAGAAAUGCAAAGAGCAUAGCAACACUACAUAAUUGAAUAGAACUUUGUUGUAGAUAGGUGUAUAUUAUAUUUACACGUGUGUAGUUAUUAUUGGAUGAAUCGAAGAGCAUCGCGCAUAUUAUAUGAGACUAUAUACAUUGUGUUUCUUCGCAUCCAAAUUUGUGAACGAUAACAGUCUUGGUCCCCUAUGAAAUUUUUAUACGGACCACUUCAAUUGUUUGUCCUAUACUCAGAACUGUAAAUUAUUUCAUACUGUAUCGAUCGCGUGUAACGUGUACGACGGAUCCGAGUAAGAAGUAUGAAUUAUUAAUAUUUUAUUUUACCGAAUGUAGGCGUGACUUCAAGCUACAAUAAGAUUGAAGGGCAUAAUAUGAUAAUAUGGACAUGGCAAAAUUCAUUUACUCAUAAUAUUAUCAGCGUUCACGUCUCGUUAUAGUUGUACAAGAAAAAAGCAGCCGAAUUGUGUUGAUAAUCGAAUGGGCAAACGUGAUUUUUAAAGUAUUCUCUAUAAUUUUAUAAAUGCUGGUGCAAUUUGAAUGCUAAUUCAAAUUUUGCCGUGUUAUUUAUGCCACUAUUUAUAAUGGUGCGAUUACAAAUUGAAAUGUUGACUAUGGCGCGAUGAUUUUGCCAGAAACAGUUGUGACACUGAAACCUCCUUAAAUAUAGAAUGUAGAUAAUGAGGAAAGUAUAUGAAUCGUUGAGCCUUAACACGUUGAGCGUAACGGCAAAAUUCAAUCGCGUAUAUCACUUGUGCAUCGCUCAGUCUCUUUUUUUCCUUUUUCCAACUAAAAUAUUUAGUUAUACUGUACAAGUUUCCGAUGAUUUCAAAAAGUAUCCGCUCGCAAACUAUAGUACAUGCGGCGCUCAACGCGUUAAUUUCAGUCUCGCCAGAAUAAGCAUAUGAAUUAUAUGAAGAAUAUAUACUAAGAUUAAUAACGUUGAGCCGAAAAGAAUGAGUUGGUUGCAUGGACAUUUUUCCUCGCGCAUAAUUUCAAUGUUAAACGAUCGGAUGCACUUUUUAACGAUUAAAUUGAUUAGAAGGACACGCUUGAACUUGAAUUAGAUUCGUUUUGUCGUGUAGGAAAGCGUGCAGUGCACAGUAUUAAUGUUCAAAGUUAUUACCAUAUAUAAAUUCUCUUAUCACCUAUACUCGGUUUGAUUUAUCAUACGAAACAUAUGUAAAACUCCGUUACAUUCCUUCCACGAUCGCAAAAGUACCAUACGACGAAAGAGAGAAGAAAAUAGUUAGGCGGUUCAUCGUGCAGGUGUAUGCAUAGGAUAACAUAAUUACUGCAGCGAUUACGGCAUUAACGAAGCUAUAAAAAAAAAUUUUAUAGAAACAUUUAAUUGCGCCAAAAUUGUAAUAAGUGACCUUCGUCCAAUCUCUCGUGGGAAAGCAUGUAAGAAAGGAGAUUUUCUACGUUGUCAGCUGGCUCUAUUAUUACUUACAAAUUACAAUGUCAUAGGCGGAUAAUAUAAAUCGGACGACCAAUAUACUCGAUCUGAUGCGUAAUAUUUUGUCUACGAUAUGGUUCCACGCGGUUCCCAUGAUUAUCAUUUUAAAAGAGUCUAUAUGGUGGCUAAUGCAUAACGAAGUAGAUUCCGAACUAUUUGUAGAUUCGAACUGCACAUAUCAAGUUUCUUUCGUGUACAUGAGUCGGCUAUCUUAUUACAUAACAUUAAAUGACACUUCCUUUCCUAGAAUUAUUAUCUGUAUAUUGUAUAUGAUAAUUUGAUUAGCAUCGAAAUAAAGGAAUUUGAAAAAUAGA